UUGGGUUCCCACUUAUUGAUCUGUUUAAACUCCUCACUAAUACGGACUUUUCCAGACGAUAACUGCAAAUCGGAAAAGUUGAGAGAGUUAGUACUGGAAACUGUUGGCAUCUACCCACAUCAGUACAGCUACCAGGCCAAGUAUAUGAAGCAACAAGCAGAGGAACGAUUUGGUAACUGGUGGAGUGCGGUAAUCAUCGGCGAUCGAGGUGGUUAUGGAAUGAGCGCUGUCUAUGAUCGGUUCAAAAACACGAGGUACAGCCUGAAUUCGACUAUAAUGCUGCAGAAUUAG